GUGGGGUGACUUCUGUCCUCUCUAGCAUGGAGAUAAAAACAGAAUAAGGCCUACUGGGUCAGAGAAAUCAGUCCUGACAAUGCUUCAACCUCUCCUCUCUUUUCUAACUACUUCAUUCUUCCUUCCGUCCCCAUCAACUCACUCUGUUCUGCACUGUGCUUCACACUCAAACUAGAACACCACAGUUCAGCUUCCUCUUCCGUCCGUUAAGAAAGUACCUCUCUACCUUUACUUCAACAAGGUCAGUCUCACUGAAACUUAAAAUCUGUUCUACAAAAAAAACCUGGUUAAAAUAGCAGCACACACAGUUGGCCUCCUGCCCAUGACCAAGAGACCAUGACCAAGCAUAACCAUCUCCAUCAGUGAUGCGUGUGUCAGCACGGAGGGUGUUAACAGGGCUCCUGAUCCUGGGUGGAAUCUCCACCCUGACCCAGUUCCUGCGUUUCUGUCUACCCUGCCGGCAGCCAUCCCAGGGUGCGGGCGAACCUGUGACCGUGCUGGUCCGGGACGGGUGGAGGGUCAGUUCUGACAUUCCCCUGGUGUUUGUGGGAGGGGUGCCUCGCUCCGGGACCACCCUGAUGAGGGCCAUGCUGGACGCCCACCCUGCGGUGCGGUGUGGGGAGGAGACGAGGGUCGUGCCCAGGAUACUGGGCCUUAAGCUGGGCUGGGCUGCUGAGAAGGAGGGGGUCAGCACCAAGGUCCUGGACCGAGCGGUCACUGCCUUCCUCCUUCAAAUCAUAGCAGGACAUGGGGAGCCAGCACCUCUACUCUGCAAUAAAGACCCCUUUACAUUGAAGAGUGCUAAGUACCUCGCUCACCUUUUUCCCAACUCUAAGUUCCUGCUGAUGCUGAGAGAUGGCCGAGCGGCGGUGUACUCUAUGAUUUCGCGUCGCGUGACGAUCGGUGGCUUUGACCUCUCCAGCUAUAGGGACUGCUUGGCCAAGUGGAGCCGAGCUACACAGACCAUGCUGACACAGUGCACUCAGGUGGGCAGUAAGAGGUGCCUGGCUGUGAGGUAUGAGAGGCUGGUCCUCCACCCUCGCUCCACCCUGCAGACAGUGCUAAAGUUCCUGGGUCUGCCGUGGCACGAGGGGGUUCUGCACCAUGAAGAGGCUAUAGGAAAACCUGGAGGAGUCUCACUGUCAAAAACGGAACGGUCCACAGACCAGGUGAUGAGGCCAGUGAACUUAGACGCUCUGACUCGGUGGGUAGGUCACAUGCCCCCAGACGUAAUGGCAGACAUGGACGCUAUCGCCCCCAUGCUGGGGAGACUAGGCUACGACCCCAGAGCCAACCCACCUAACUACGGACAGUCUGACCCACAGUUCCUCAACAACACACAAAGGAUGUCCAUGAAAGGUUCACAGACAGAGAGGUGACAAGGUCAGCGCCUGGAACAACGGUCACCGCUGACCUAUGACCCCUGAUUAUCCUCUCAGAGAAGACAACAGCAUCAACCAAAAGGCUGGUGGCUAAGCACCAAGCACAGUCAGAGGGCAUAACCAUGCAUGUGCUCUAGACCUCAUUGAUAGGAAGAAGUGAUGUACAAUGGAGAAAAGUAUAUUAUAUUGUUUUUUUUACAUUUCAAAAAUGUGUUUACUUACCUGAAUAGGUUUUCCCACUGCCUCCAUUUUUUUGGGGUCCUUACAAAAACAAAAUAAUGGCCAAUCUUCACUAUAUUUUUGGUGAUAUCAAAGUGCUGCCAGCAGCCAUGUGGAUGAAUGGAUGAAUGGAGACAAGGGAAAAAAUAGGCUCUUUGAGAAUCCAAGAAUGAAUUACUUACACAAUCGUCUCUAACAUGUAGGCUCAGCAUUCCUGAACAAUCCAAUUACAAGUCAGAAUGUUGAAUAAACUUAUUUUUAACUUA